AUGAAAUCAAAAGACAUAGAGCAAAACAGCAAAGUCAAUAAUAUAAAAACAAUUCCAAUCGAUUCAGCGUAGGAUUGCAAGAAAUACUAACAUGCUAAUACUUAAAUUUAUCAGUAGUAAAUCAACCAUUCCUGCAUAGAAUCAAACAAGCAUUUCUCAGUCCCAAAUUAUUACAAAAGUUUUUAAACUCAGAAUAUUUAGUUGUAUUUGCCUCUACGUGUUAAAACAGUAAGGGAUUAACUGUUAGUAGAAAAAGAAAUUAUUGAGAAGGUCUACUAAUUCGAAGAUUCAACAGAGUGGUUCAAAGGUAUAUUAAUUAUGCAACUCAAAUUUGGUUACUGUAAAUAUUACAAGAAGAAGCAAUAUUAUUAUGAGGAUAUUUUUGUUGUGGACUCAAACUUGGAAAAGGUCUGA